CGGCCUUUGCCAAGGACAAGCAGCUGUUUGUGCGCUACCGCUUCCAUGGCCGCCUGCACGAGGUGCUGGUGGGCGAUGAGCAGGCUCUGGCGAUUCCGAUGAAAGCCCAUUGCAUCGACUCGUGACGCAUGAAAAAAUACAUUCUCCUUUCCCCCUCGCUAUCUGUCGUGUUUUUUGUUGCUCAAUUCCUACCCUCUUUUGCAAUUUGUACUUUUAAAUAAUGCUUCUCCGCCGGCUUCCGCAGGUCCAGCGCCUGUGUGCCCGCCGUGCGUUCACCAGCAAGACGCACUAUGACGAGAAAAUCGUCUACCAGUAUGCCUCGCAGCAACUCAAGCCGGUCAGUAUCGGCCAGCUCUUAAAGUACAGCCAGCCGCCUCUGACGCCCGCAAACAUCCUGGACAGCGUCGCCUACACGCAAUCCGAGCUGCCAGUGCGGCUGGCGAAGCGCGUAAUAUCCUUCCAUAACCUGCCCUUCAUCGUGGGCACAAACCCGCACAUUGCGCGCGUCUACAACCAAUACUACGAAGCCUUCGACCGCCUGUACUCCUUUGCACCGAUCGACUCGAUCGAGCGCGAGUGGGAGUUUGCGCGGGCGCUGGAGCGCCAGACGCAGCUGCUGGUCGACGUCAUCCCGACCAUCGCCCAGGGGUUCCUCGAAUGCAAGCAGUAUAUGAAGCGGGAGGAGCGAGCGCUGUUCAUCAACGAGCUGAUUCGGUCGCGCAUCGGCUUGCGUGUGAUCGGCGAGCAGCACGUGGCCUUGUCGUACCAGUUCCGCGACCAGCAGCGGUCGAGUCUGGAGGACGUGUGGGUGGGCGCCAUCCAUACGAAGUUGCUGCCUGCCAGCAUGAUGCGCCAAUGUGCCCAGCUGGUGCAGAACAUGUGUGAGAUGCACUACGGCACCGCGCCCUCGUACUAUGUGGACGGCGAUGUUGACGAGACUAUCAGCUACAUUCCGUCGCAUUUCGAGUACAUCACCUGCGAGCUGCUGAAGAACGCCUUCCGCGCCACGGUUGAGUUCAGCCGCCAGAGCCACCGCCUGGCCCACCCACCUAUCCAGAUCACCAUUACCAAGGGCGAGGGCUACGUGGGUGUGCGCAUUCGCGACCAGGGCGGCGGUAUCGCCAAGGACAACAUGCGCAAUGUCUUUGAGUACUCGUGGUCAACCAUGCAGGAUGAUGAGACGUCGACUGCCGGCAUGUCGUUGCAGACUAAUCUGGCCAUGCAGCAAGGGAUUGGCGGGCCGAUUGCUGGUCUUGGCUUUGGCCUUCCUAUGGCACGUUUGUAUGCUGGCUACUUUGGCGGCUCCCUCGAUAUUGUCUCCAUGGAAGGCUAUGGGUGUGACGUGUUCCUGAAGCUGCGCAGUAUUGAGGGGAGCGUUGAGCAGAAGCAGAUCUAGAAAAAGGGGAGGUUUCUUUGGCUCAUUACAUGUAUCUGAAUUUCAUUUCGCACAUAAACGGUACCGCUAUGCCAUGUCUCCUCGUGCAUUUUCCUGGAAGAGUUUCCUACCUGCCCUUUGCUUCCGGCCU